AUAAUGACGACGGCUCCAGCGACGUUAGUUCAAAGAACUACGACUCCGGCAAUGCUAAAAUUACAUCUAGAAAAAAAAAAAAGAAUGAACGGCAAAUAAAAAAAAAAAAGAACGAAGCGAAAAAGAGACGAAAAAAAAAAGAAACAAAAGGAAACAAAAAUCGAAAAAAAAAGACUCCAAACGAAAGUCUAAACGAAAGUCCAAGCGAAAAUUCAAGCGAAAGUCCAAGAGAAAGUCCAAGAAAUCCAAGCAAAAAUCCAAGAGAGGUCAAAAAAUCCAAGUCCAAGAGAAAGUCCAAGAAAAUCCAAGCGAAAGUCCAAGCGAAAGUCCAAACGAAAAUCCAAGAGAAAGUCCAAAGAAAAUUCAAGCAAAAGUUCAAACGAAAGUCAAACAAAAGUUCAAGAAAAAGUCCGGGCAAAAGUUCCAUAAGUGUUAGCAAAAACGACGACGAAAACUCCAAAGACAAUCACGACGGCUCCAGUGAUGACAGUUCCAAGAACUACGACUCCG